AUGGCACCGCCGCCUGAGAUUGCGAUACCGUCGACGAGCGUCUCCGACGAAGGCUCCUCGAAGCCCUACACCCUCUUUAACAUCACUCUACGACUUCCCCUCCGCUCCUUUGUCGUCCAGAAGCGAUACUCCGAUUUUGACGCCCUCAAUAAGAUCCUCGUCGAGCAGGUCGGCGCUCCCCCCCCAGAGCCGCUGCCUGCGAAGCACUGGCUAAAGUCGACGGUCAACUCGCCUGAGCUGACGAAAGCCCGCCAAGAAGGACUAGAGAAAUACCUGCGCGGGAUCGCAGAGUCUCCAGACCGCAGAUGGCGCGACACCUCGGCCUGGAGGGCAUUCCUGAACCUGCCCAGCUCUAGCACAACCAACUCGGCCAUGUCAGCUGGGGGCAGAGUGACGAGUGCGGCGGCCGGAGCGGCAGACCCGGGAACGUGGCUGGAGAUUCACAGAGACCUCAAACAACAUCUACACGAGGCAAGACAAUGCUUGUCGAGACGGGAUGCGGCCGUGGAUAAUGGGAACUCGACGGCGGCAGUCGAGGCAGGGGCAGCGGCCAAGAGGGUUCUUGUGAAGGGAGGGACGUUGAUCGCGACCCUGGCUGACGGGCUGCGGAGGAUGCAAGAAUCGAGCCGAUUAGGUGAGGGAGAGCUGCGGCGCCGCAGGGACCUGGUUUCUCAAGCGCGCAUAGAACGGGAGGGUCUAGACAAGCUCUCGAAUAGCAUGCCCAGUUCGACAACGAUGUCUGGGCGAGGAGGUGCUAGCCAAGGGCAAGCGUCCACUUCCGACAAGGCCAAUCUUCUGAAAGGCGGGCGACCCAGCGGGCGUGUACUGGGGGCUCCGCUGCCCGAGACGGACAAGACGCGGGAGCUGGAUAACCAAGGCGUGCUGCUCCUGCAGAAGCAGGAGAUGCAGGCGCAAGACGCGCAGGUCGAGCAGCUUGCAGCAAUCAUUCGGCGGCAGAGGGAGAUGGGCCUGCAGAUCAACGAGGAGGUUGAGCGGCAGACCGAGGUGCUCGACACGAUGGACGACGACGCCUCCCGGCUGCAGGCCAAGUUGAAGGUGGCCAACAACCGCAUCAGGAAGAUGUGA